AUGCCCCUUAAGGGAAUAAUGAUAAUCAUAAAAUGAUGUGUUGUGGAUGGUCUUACUUUAUGUGGUGAACCUUUGUUGACGAUGUAUGUAACUUUUCUAUGGUUCACGAUAAACAUAAAAACUUGUCGCAAGAAUUCUCUUUUAUAUUUUCCUUUUCAACAACGUGCAACUCAAUGUUGGCGUUGUCAAACUCAACCUGAUUCCACAAACUCAUCCUGGAGAGAGCUUUAUUCACCAGAGUCGUUUGGGUUUUCUCAGAUUGGAAUAGUGAAAGGACCACACGGUAUACAAGGAGAACUCAAGAUUGUAGCUACCUGUGACUUUUCUCAUCUUCGAUUGUUGAAAAAAGGAACGAGAUAUUUACUUUUGCCAAAUAGAAAAUAUCCUCGACCUGUUAUUUUAUCUAAUGGAAGAAAGGCUUCACAGCAAAACACUUUUAUUAUUCGAUUGAAACAUAUCACAAGUAGAGAACAAGCACAACAACUGAAACAAGCUCAGUUGUUUGUUCGUUCUGGUGAAGGAAUAAAAUUGAAAAAUGAAGAAGAAUACUUGGCAAGGAGUUUGCUCGAUUCGGAGGCACUGGAUAUUCAUAGUCAACGUCCGUUAGGUAAAGUUGUAAAUGUUUAUACAAGAGAAGAAAUUUUAUCACUUACAAAACCAGGUUCUCAAGAUAUUUUGGUAAGUUGGUUUCAUACAACAUCUAUUCUUUCCAUUUUAUAAACUGUUUUUGUAGGAAUUGAAAAGAAU